AUGGGUGGAAGUUCCCUCCAAUUUCUCCUCACUUUAAUUCUCCUUUUGUUGUGCAUGAAACCAACUAUUGCAAAUUAUUUGGGGUUAGCAGAUACUCACCUUGGCUGUAAAGAGCAUGAGAGACAAGCUUUUCUCAAGAUUAAACAAGACCUUAUUGAUGACUAUGGCCUUCUUUCUUCUUGGAGCACCGAUCAAGAUUGUUGCAAAUGGAGUGGGGUUAGGUGUAGCAACCAAACAGGCCACAUCAUCAUGCUCAAUCUCAAUGCCUCGUCCAUUCCCCCAAGGCAUUUGCGAGGUAAACUUAAUCCUUCCUUGAUUGAGUUAAAAUAUUUGACUUAUUUGGACGUGAGCUACAAUGAUUUUAAUCAGAGCCAAAUCCCAGAAAUCAUUGGUUCUCUGUCCAACUUAAGACACCUUGACCUUUUUUAUGCUAAGUUCGGAAGAAAUAUACCUUUUCAGCUUGGGAACCUUUCAAACUUGCAGUACCUUGAUCUUGGCCUGAAUAAUUUUAAUAAACCAGAAAAGUUAGAGUGGCUCCCUCAACUUUCUUCUUUAAAAUACCUUGGCAUGAGUACCGUUAACUUGAGCAAAGUCUAUAAUUGGCUCCAUGUUGUGAAUAAAUUGCCGUACUUGACAUCCUUGUUCUUGUACUCUUGUAAUCUUCCAAAUAUUUUCUCUGUUCCCCUUGUUAAUUCUUCUACUUCUCUUGAUGUCCUCCAACUCUCUGAUAAUAAUCUCACUUGUUCUUCUUCAGUACUACAGUGGUUGUUCAAAUCCAACACUAGUGUUGUUGAACUUGAUUUCUCUUCUAACCAAUUUCAAGGUUUAAUUCCGAAUGCUUUUAGCAGAAUAAACUCUCUUGCACAUCUCUAUCUCAAUUCUAAUGAGUUUGAAGGUGAGAUAUCGAAAGCCUUUGGUGAUCUCUCCAAUAACCAGUUAUCAAGACGGAUACCAGACUCAUGUUGGAUGCAUCUUGAAGAAUUAGUAAUUCUUAAUUUGGCAAACAAUCAUUUUCAUGGGACAAUCCCAAGCUCAGUGGGAUUUCUACAUGAGAUUGUGACAUUGGAUUUAGGUAACAAUAAUUUUAGUGGGAAACUUCCUUCCUCCUUGAAGAAUUGCACAAAGUUGAUAUUCUUUAAUCUUAACCAAAAUGAUCUAUCAGGACAAAUACCAAUGUGGUUGGGGAUUAGUCAUCCAAAUUUAGUUGUACUUAUCCUUCGAUCCAAUUACUUCUAUGGAGCCAUCCCGACACAUUUCUGUUAUCUAGCACAUCUUCAAAUUUUAGACGUUGCUUUAAACCAAAUCUCAGGAAGUAUGCCAAAAUGCCUCAACAAUCUUACUACCUUAACUCAAAAAGGGAGUCCAAAUGCCACCAUCACCCAUUAUUAUACAAUCAACAGCAAAUCCUUGUUUUAUAUGUUGUAUGCUGAUCAUAUGUUUUUUAUGUGGAAGGGAAAAGAGCAUGAGUAUAAAAAUAUUCUUGGACUAUUAAAAGGCAUAGAUCUCUCGAGCAAUAAUUUAACUGGGCGGAUUCCAAGAGAAAUCGUGGAACUUGUUGGAUUGGUUUCCUUAAAUCUCUCAAGAAACCGUUUAACUGGACAAAUCACUUCAGAGAUUGAUAUGUUACAAUCAUUAGAUGCCUUGGAUCUAUCUAAGAACCAGCUCUCCGGUGGAAUUCCUUCAAGCCUUUCUCAUAUUGAUCGUCUAAGUGUCUUGGACUUGUCAAACAACAAUUUGUCUGGAAAAAUCCCAACAAGCCCUCAACUUGAUACCUUUAAUGCAUCCUCAUAUGAGGGGAAUCCAAAUCUUUGCGGAGCCCCGCUUCCAAAGAAAUGUCUGGGGGAAGAAAUAGGUCAAAAUCCAGCUAUGAACAGGAGCAAAGAACAUGCUGGCAUGCAAGAUGAGAGAGAAGGGUUUAUAUCCAUAGGAUUUUAUGUUAGUGUGGCCCUUGGAUUUAUUGCAGGUUUCUGGGGAGUUGUUGGCACAUUAGUACUGAAUAUGGCACUGCGAGUUGCAUAUUUCAGGUUCUUGAACGAUUUCAAAGAUAGGCUAUAUGUGGCAAUAUCAGUGAAUAUGGCCAAAGUUCAGAGGCAGCUACAAAACUAA